AUGGAACAUUUUGACGUCGCUGUCGUGGGACUGGGUGUCCUCGGAAGCGCCGCUGCGUACCAGGCAGCCCUCAAGGGAGCUAAGGUCCUUGGACUGGAGCAGUUCGAGUUCGGACACGUUCACGGAGCUUCGCAUGACACAUCCCGCAUCGUCCGCAAAUCUAAUUCCGAGCCGGAAUAUGUGAAGCUCGUCAAGGCUGCCUAUAACGACUGGGCUCAGCUGGAGAAACUCUCCAGCCAGAAGCUCCUCACAACCACUGGCGGCCUCUUCUUCGUUCCCAAAGACGCCCCAAUCCCCGUCAGCAAUUAUACACAAGCCCUCAGUGCCAAUGAUGUCCCCCACGAACUUCUUGAUAGCAAGGAGGUGAAGAAGCGGUGGCCGCAAUUUGAUGUGCCCGAAUCGGUGGAUACAGUAUACGACCCGGACACAGGCAUCGUUCACGCGAGCAAGACCGUCGCAACAAUGCAGUGGAUUGCGCGAUCCCGGGGUGCUGUGUUGAAGGAGAGGACCCGCGUCGAGCGCGUUACACCCAAGUCGUCCGGCAAAGGCGUUGCAAUCCACACCUCGCACGGAACCUUCCACGCCAGCAAGGUGAUUCUCACCACCGAUGCCUGGACAAAUAAGCUGCUUGCGCCCUUGGGCGUACACAUUCCGCUGCAGAUCAUGCAGGAGCAGGUCACCUACUUUAAGCCCAGCGACCCGGCUGACUUCGAAUCCCCUCAUUUCCCCACUUGGAUCUGGGGUGGCGCCCCGGGUUCAUGCUACUAUGGUUUCCCUUGCUAUGGCGAGCCGACCAUCAAGGCCGCCCACGACUUCGCCAGCAACAUGAUGGCUCCUGAAGAGCGCACUUAUGUGCCAUCGCCGCGACUACUGGGGGAGUUGUUUGAAUUUCUGCAGAAGCUUAUGCCGGAUAAGGGCCGUGAACCGCUGCGCACGGUCACCUGUCAGUAUACCAUAACGCCCGAUCGGCGAUUUAUUAUCACCCCCCUGGACAAGCAUGAGGACGUAAUUGUGGGUCUGGGUGCUGCCCAUGCGUUCAAGUUUGCUCCGGCUUUUGGACGUGUGCUGGCGGAACUGGCCAUUGAUGGUAAGACGGACGAGGAUAUCUCCAAAUUUGGCUUGCCAACGCCCACUCCGGUUACCAGUAAGAUUUAA